UCCCUCACCUUGUGUACAAAUUCUGUUUAUGGUUGUCCGAUACAAACCACGUUGGAAGUGGUACUUUAGCAGACUCGCAAGUGGUUAGAUGGCAGAUUUGAACCAGCCACGCGUCAAGAGGCGACGCGUUGCUGAGAACCCAAUCAAAACCGUGAACAACAAGGACGACCAAACCUUCAUCUCACAUCAUUUGCGGCCAAGCUCACCGAGUUGGACGUCCUGGGUGCAUCCCAAAACCAGUUCCUCGUACUCGCUUUCCCUCAAAAGCGCAGGCAAUCUCUCAAAAACAGAGCUCCAGGCAUGUUUCGAUCUCGUGGAGGAAACUAGCAGAGCAGACUACGAGCCCUCCUCUAUUGGCUGGAUACCAAGCCGCAAGAAAGCCGAGAUGAAGUCUCCUGAGCUCAAGUACAUCCUGGUCAAGGAUGGAGAAGCCAAUCUGUGCGGGUUCACCUCACUUAUGCCGACAUGGGAAGAAGGUCAGCCUGUAGUUUAUUGCUAUGAGAUCCAUCUCAAGGCUGAACUCCGAGGGACCGGUCUUGCUCAACAACUCAUUGGUUACCACGAAAAAGUGGCAGCGAACACCUCGCCGAUUGAAAAAGUCAUGCUCACAUGUUUCUUGAGCAAUAAGAGUGCGCUCAAGUUUUACGGCAAACUGGGAUUCACGAAGGAUGAUAUAUCGCCUGGGCCUCGAACAUUGCGCGGCGGCAAGAUCAUUGAGCCAGACUAUGUCAUCCUCAGCAAGGAAGUGGCCAGGCGUAGCAAUACUGAGUCCAAUGAGCCAGCUUCAUGAAUUUGGGCGAGUUGCAUACCAAGCCCAGAUUGAUAAUAUUGAAUCUCCUUACUUCGGGCAACCGAGACCGACCUUGCUAUUCAUCAGCACUCGACU